CCCAAUGCGUGGAAGCCUUUCGGCAACGGAAAGCGCGCCUGCAUCGGAAGAGGCUUCGCCAUUCAGGAGGCGCUCCUCGCCCUCGCCCUCAUUGUCAACCGUUUUGACAUCGAGAUGGCCGACCCGACGUACGACUUGCGCCUCAGGCAGACGCUCACCAUCAAGCCUGACGAUUUCAAGAUCAUCGCUAAGCCACGCUUCCGCAACCAGAAUCUGCUCCAUGAGCUCCUUGUUGGUGUGCGUCUUGCUAACGUGACACAACAGAAAGAACAACAACCACAACAAAAACAGGUAUCGCCGUUGCCAUCUACCACUGGUGCUGCUCCUUCAGCUCCAGCUGAAGGCGCCCGUAUCACUUUCCUCUACGGCAGCAACAGUGGUUCGUGCGAGAGUCUUGCGAAGGAGCUCUCUUCGGAGGGCAAGGCGCGCGGCUUCGCCACCACCGUUGGCGAGCUAGAUCAGCUCGCGGGAAACGGCAAGCUCUCCACCACCGAGCCAGUUGUCAUCUGCACGGCGUCGUACGAGGGCAAGCCGUGCGACAAUGCCAAGGCUUUCGUCGAUGCCAUCUCUGCCAUGGAUGCUGCAACGGCGCCGCUCAAGGGUGUCAAGUACAUUGUCUUUGGCGCCGGUCAUAGCGACUGGGCUACGACGUUCCACAAGAUUCCCAUCUUUAUUGACGAUCAGCUUGCCAAGCUUGGUGCAGAGCGUCUUAUGCCUCUCAGCAAGGCAGACGCGGCGGGUGAUGUGUUGGGCGACUUUGAGUCCUUCAAGGAGAAUGUGUGGAAACAUCUCGCAGCACCGUCACCUUCUUCCUCUGUAUCAGGCCCGUCUGCUUCCCCAGGCACGGCCCUCGGAGUCUCGGUUGCCGCACCAGAUGACAAACUUGGGCACAUCGACAAAGUCGGCACGGUGCUUGACUCGGUGCAGCUGGUUCCUGCGCGUGAAGCGCGUGAAGGUAAGCGUCACGUCAAGAUCCGCUUGCCGGAGGGGCAAACCUAUCGCUCUGGUGAUUACCUCGCUGUCUUACCAAAGAACCCGCCACAAGUGAUCGAGCGCGUACUCAGACAUUUCGGUGUCGAUCCGGCAUCACAAAUCGUCCUCUCCAAGAGCAACCGUGCUUUCUUGCCCAAAGACACGCCGAUCCGCGCAGACAACCUCUUUGGCUCACUUCUCGAGCUUGCCCAACCGGUCAGCAAGCGUACACUGACCGAGCUCAUCGAGCUGUGCGAAGCGGAGGCUGACCAAGCGAAGAUCCGUGCCAUGGUGGGCGGCUAUCAGCAGCAAGUUCUCGCCAAGCGCGUUUCCCUCCUCGAUGUUCUUGUAAGUACGCCAGGUGCUAAGGCAGACCUCGCGUUCUUCCUCGAAAACCUACCCAAGAUGAAGAUCCGACAGUACUCAAUCUCCUCAACGCCCCUGCUCGACAGCGAGACGGUGACGCUGAGCUUUAACGUCGUUCAAGGCCCCUCUCUCAGCGGACACGGAUCAUAUUACGGUGUGGCCUCGACGUACCUCGCCUCUCUGAAACAUGGUGACAAGCUCAACUGCAGUGUCAAACCUUCUGCCGACUUCCACCUACCGGUUGACCCUUCGGUACCCAUUGUGAUGUUCGCCUCUGGCAGCGGUCUCGCUCCGUUCCGUGGCUUUAUCGCGGAGCGGGCGCUGAUGCGCCAGAGCGGACGCAACGUUGGGCCUACGGUGCUGUACUACGGCUCCUCCGGCGAGGAGGAUGUGCUGCACCGAGAGGAGCUGCUUCAAUGGAAACAGUCUGGUGACUUGGACCUGCGCCUUGUCUUCUCAUCGCUGGAAGAGGCCAAUGCCAAGGCGCAGCAGUAUGAUCUCGUUGAGGGUUGUAAAUACGUCCAGCACCGUGUCUGGGCCGAGCGUGCGGACAUUGUCCAACUCUUCGAUGACGGCGCUCAAUUGUUCCUGUGCGGCUCAGGCCAAAGGCUUGGUGCUGGGGUCCGUAAAGUGCUCAUCGAUAUUACGCGGGAACGCAAAGGGUGCAGCGAGAGCGAAGCCAAGGAGACAAUGGAGCGCCUUUCCAAAAAUCGAUACAAGACUGAUGUCUUCUUGUAA